GAGAGAAUCUUCUUUUUCCUUAUAUUAUUUACGUAUUUUCACAUUCCAUUGCCAAACAAGUAAUGCCGAGUAACAAUUCUUCUGUUAUAUCGGGCUUUCCUUGUAUUGGUAUAUUUCGCUUCCUAUGUGAAGACGAAGAACCGUUACCAGGAUCUCCAGCUCAAAACGCCAAGUCACCCACUGGUUUCCAGACGCAACUCGUCUUAUGUACUACAGUUGGAACAUUAUGCUUCUUACUGUUCUGUGUUCUACGAGUGAGAUGGAGUGCUAUUUAUUCGCCAAGACUUCGAAUGUUAAAGCAUGCCCCGGAGCAGCUACCUGCCACCAUGUUUGGUUGGAUUAUACCCUUAUUAAAAACACCCAAUUCUGUAAUUUUAGACAAAGUUGGAUUAGAUGCUGUUGUGAUGCUGCAAUUUUUGUUGAUGAGUGUCAAGUUGUUUAGUUUCUGUGGAUUCUUUGGUACGGUAGUAUUAUACCCAAUCAGUAAAAUGGGCGGUGAUAUCGCAAACGGAACAUAUCCGGAGCCAGGCAACGGAACAAAUAACGGUACAGCCUACUCAUAUACUCAUCAUGAGCUAUUCUUUUUUGGAAAUAGUAAGCCAACCAACAGAGUUGGAAACAGCUUUACAUCGCACUCUGUGUCCUUUCUGUGGGUUUAUCUAUUCUUCACUUACUUGUUCGUGUUUGCAACUUUUUACUUUACUUUCUUGAAUUAUCGGGAUUAUGUCCGUAUCAGAAGAGAAUUUUUGUUGAGAAAGAGCAAGACUUUGUCCGCACGUACUUUGCUAAUCACAGGAAUACCCCCGUACCUUCGUUCUGACCGCAAAUUAGCGGAUUAUUUUGAGAAAUUAGGUAUUGGUGUAGUGGAGUCUGUUCAUACGAUUAGACAUGUGGGAAGAUUAUUAGAAUUUAUAAAAGAAAGAUCUCAACAUCUUCGGCAAUUGGAAACAGCCUACACAAACUUUUUAGGAAAUCCUUGUGAACUAAAAGGUUACGAUCCUGACGAUAUUUUAGCGGAAGAGGAUGAACGUGAAAGAACCUUGCAUGAAGUAGAUAAUACCAGCGCAUUACCAUCACACUUAAAGUCGAAAGAAAGACCAACAUUUCGACAGGGCUUAUUAUGCGGUCCCAAAAUAGACUCGAUUGAUUAUUAUACGGAGAAAUUUGACGAAAUUGACGAAUUGGUGGUAAAAGCACGUAAAGUAGGAAAAUUCUUACCGACCAGUGUUGGAUUUGUUACCUUUGAAGAAACAAUUAGUGCCUAUGUAGCUUCUCAAGUCUUGAUCGAUUCAACCCCAUUUAGAUUAAGAGCACAAUUAGCUCCUGAACCUAGAGAUGUAUUAUGGGAGAACAUAUCGAUGCACGGAAGAGAACGAGUCAUCAGAAAAGCUUUAAUCAUGUUAAUACUUCUAUUUUUGGUAUUCUCUUGGACAAUUCCUUGUAAUUAUCUUUCCGCUUUGACCUCUCCCAAAUCAUUGAAGGCUUAUUUUCCUUGGUUAUUGAAAUUGGCAGAGAAGAACAAGUUAUUGAACCAAAUUGUGGCAGGUUUUAUACCUACACUAGGUGUUGUUAUUUUCUUUUCUGUUUUGCCUAUAGUAUUUAAUAGUCUUAGUGUGAUUGAAGGCUUUACAACAAGAAGUGAAUCAGAAGAAUCUUGUUUUGCAAAGCAAUUUUUCUUUUUGUUCGCCAACGUUUUAUUAUUCAUUACGGUGGCAAGCACCUUGUUCAAAUCCAAGAGUGACAUUUUUGAGGAUCCAACAAAGAUUGCAAACAUCUUUGCUUCCAAGUUGCCGGAAGUAGCACCGUUUUAUAUUAAUUAUACUGUGCUCCAAGGCAUCAUGCUUUGCCCUAUACAAUUACUUCAAAUCGGGCCUAUUCUCGUCCAGCAAUUUUACAAAACAUUCUUAUGUAAGACACCUCGUGAUUAUGCCGAAGUCUUUGCACCUCGCAUGUAUAACUUUGGAUGGGGAUACCCAGUUCCAGUCUUUAUGUUUGUGGUCAUUCUGGUCUAUUCGACUAUAUCACCCUUAAUUUUGGUAUUUGGAGUUAUUUAUUUCGCAAUGAGUUAUCUAGUGUGUAAAUAUCAAUUAUUAUACGUUUAUUUCCAUUCAUAUGAAGUAGCGGGCAGAAUGUGGCCCUUGGUGUUUUCGCGCAUCAUUAUUGGAUUAGUGAUAUUCGAGUUGACAUCGGCAGGGUUAUUUACAUUGAACAAGUCCUAUCCUUUAGCUGCCCUUUGUGUUCCAUUGAUAUUCCUUACAGUGGCGUACAAGAUUGUGAUGGAUAAAGCGUAUCAAAGGAGUACGCAAUUUUUACCCCUGCAGCUAUUAUCCGAAAAACUUGGACCUAUGACAACCAUUGCUCAACCUCAAAAGAGAGAUAUGGGUACAAGUAAUAUCUCGGACGAAUCCUCUUCCAUUCACCCUCUAGCCACUGAAAGCACCAAAAAAAAUGGAGAGUCUAGCACAUCCAAACCAGCACUUUUAGCGCAUGUUUCAACAUCGCAGGUAGCCAGAUUGAAAAAUAGAAAGCGUCGCACUGUCUUGGAUGAAGAUGAUUAUGUUGCAGAUCCCAGAAAAUUCACGGAUUAUAGGGAACCACCAAUGACAUUAUUAGAAGGAAUUUUGAAUACUGGCAUGAAACAAUAUGGUCAUCCAGCCUUAUUAGGUGUCUUGCCACAGAUUUGGUUACCCGUUAAAGUUGGGUAUGAAGACAGAGGUAUUGUUAUGCCCAGGUCAGCCUUCUCGUCAUCAUCAUCCACUUCAUCCAAAAAGAACAAUGAUUUAGGAGAUGAGAAUCGACCCCUUUUGCAGACUAUUAUAACCAGUCGUACAAACAAUGAUCUUCCGAUCAGUAGCAGUAUACCUCUAUCUAGAAGUCUCGAAAGAGAAAUUGAAGAAGGAGGUCAGACUGAUGAAGAAGAAGAAGAAGAUAAUACCGGUACAUAUUAUCAUCACCCUGAAAGACGUCUUUCAAAGAAUUUAUUAAGCCGAUCCUAUGGAACCACUUCUCAAACUAAAUAAAAAAAAAAAAAAUUUC